CUUGAUGUCCCAAGGGAGACCCCUCAUGGCCAGCAUCCUCUGUUUCCUCAGCCCUUCUGCAACUCUCCAAGCGAUGAAAUGUCCAGUAUCAACCGAGAUUUCACCGAACGCUUCUGCUAAAAGGUUGGCCAAGAUAAGCAUCACUAGUCUUUCUUCCUUGUUCAAUCUGCAUGACGUCGCCCAUUUGAGGCAUAUGAUGAGAUAAUCUAGUCUAGACUGUGGCUCAAUCGGACAUUGGAUCACAUUCAAUUGGACAUGAUCUAAACCAUCUACGAGGCCAUGAGGUGAAGCUUGGGCAGAUGCCUUGGAUCUGAUACGAAUCCACCCCAAAAUUCGUCGUUUAUCCGACCAUUAUGCUGCCCCUCAUUCGUGCAUGGACACGACAACCUUUGCAGGUAUCCAUCGAACUAUAUCAAUCUCCGGUCAUUCUCUACGACCAAGCAGAUGAGACCUCGUCCUCCGACAUACCUGGUGGAGCUGUAAAUCAUAUAGGUGCAUCCAUCUCACUCUCCAGCGAGACCGAGGUCGCCAUUGGGGGUGUCACUUUGAUCAGGCAGGUCCUGCUCAGGAGAAAGAAACCCAAAGUGAAGGAAUGGACAGAAUGGGUGGAGCUUCAACGAGCCGAGUUCGCCGUCAUGGGGGAGUACAAGCUAAAUGGCAAGCACAAGACCGACGCUUACAUACCCGUUCCUUGGCGCUUACCCGAAACUAGACACACAACAUUUGACCAGAUCGUCCACUUGCUGACCGCCAUCGUGCACGACCUAUCUCCAUUGUACACACCUGUGACUGCCGAUCCCAGUCGCUUGGAUUUGAGUGAAGACAUGGACGACUCGCUUGCUUCGGUCCGUCGUCCGCGCAAAGGCGUCUUGGCAUUGUGCCACUUGCCGAUCGACAUUGUGCAUUGUCCCUCUCUUCGAGGAGACACGCCUCAGCUAGAAGGCGAACAGAUUGUACGACUCAGUGAUUCUGGCAAGGUCAGCAUCAAAGCGGCUAGCCGGCUUUUUGUUCUCGGCUCCAAUGUCGAUAUCUCCCUCGAUUUUGAAAACCUGACUCAAGAUACGACGAUCCAUGCCAUCUCUGUAAUUCUCAUUCAAGAAACUUUUACUCCGCCUCAAGAAGCUCUUCCAGAUCUGAGCAGACCGACAAACAUAGAUUCCGAUGAGACACCUGCACCGUCCGAGGCAGAGGACGUCUCGCCGGCAACAAGAGGCCGCCGACGGAGGCGUCCGAUGCUCACUCGUCUGUCUAACAUUUGGGCACAAUUCAAGGAAAAGCCAGCGCUACCUCAGUCCUCUGUCAUUGACGAGUACGCAUUGAUCAGUGAAGGUGUCCAGUCGACGCUGCAUGGCCACGGCUCCUCGGCCAUGAAUGGAUUUCUAUGGCGUGGCGCAGCCGGUCGCAUCCUCGAUGCUAGACGAACCAGUGAAUCUGACGUUUACAUCGACGAUUCCAAAACUCAACACGUCGAAGAGCCUGGACACGCUGCCUCGGACUUCAUGGAACGUACCACGACCACAUUUCGCUUUCAUCGUCGAAUCAGACUGCCCUCAGAGGUCAACGGAGCGCAUCAUUCGACAUCGACCAUGUCAUCUGUUCUGGCCAAGGUUGGGCACCGUCUAGUCGUGGACAUCAUCUACUCUGUCCUGGGUCAGGAUGAGUUGGGACGCAAAGCCUCACAAGUCGAGGGAUCAAUGAGACGCUUGACGACAAAAUUUGAGAUUGACCUUCCACCGUGUGGCUUGACCCCGUCGUCUCUCCAACCACCGUCUUACCGCACAACUCGGGUCAUGCAACGACCUUCUCCACGUCUGGCAUUAAGACGCCUUCCUUCGACAACGCCUUCGUAUCACUCAAUGGAGCACUCACCAACGAGACAUACCGCUAUCACAUUCGCGCCUGCUCCGACCAUGUCUCGACUAGAAAGGCACUUGUCGGCCACGUCACAGACCACCGCACGAUCCAUCGAUGACGUGAUAUGGCACAUUGAAGAGAUUGCUCAUUCACGCGCGUUCAGAGCGAGUAACGGUCGGGUCAUCGCUCCGAAACGAGUCUUUUAUUCUGAGAGCGACAUCAAGACUGCAGCAGCCAGACACAAGAAGGAGAGGGGCCAUUGCGCCUGCUCCUUAUCAUGAAGUACACGACAAUGAUUCGCUUUGGGACCAAGGAUUUGGAGAUUGUUUGUACAUACGCACAGGAGUACGAUCUUUCCAUGUAUGCAUCGCAAGUGUUCACG